AUGAAAUUUUAUAAAUACUGCAACUUAGUUAAUUCUAAUACAAACUAUGCAAAUCGAAUGAAGACUCUCAGUAAUCGUAUUUUCGGUGAUGUUGUAAGGCCUACUGAUGAAAAAUCUAUGAAGGUAACUUAUUCAAAUUUAAGUUAAAAUUAUUAUUAUUGUUAUUUCUUAAUUAUCAUUCAGGUAGUAAAAAUGUUUAGUGAAGAACCAUUGUACAAACAAGAAAAAAUUAUCAACUACUAUCCACGUCAUGUUGAAACCGGAUUAUUCAUAAAACAACUUCGAAAUUAUGGUUUGUUCAGAGAUGAACAUCAAGACUUUAUUGACGAAAUGAAACGACUGAAAGCUCUUAGAGGAAAAGUAUUUAUUAAAGGAGAAAAAAAACGGAAAUCUAAGAGUAUUUUGUAG